AUGACCAACAUUCGAAAAUCACACCCCCUUAUCAAAAUUAUUAAUCACUCAUUCAUCGAUCUACCCGCCCCAUCUAACAUCUCAGCAUGAUGAAACUUCGGCUCCCUUCUAGGAGUCUGCCUAACCUUACAAAUCCUCACCGGCCUCUUUUUGGCCAUACACUACACAUCAGACACAAUAACCGCCUUUUCAUCAGUUACCCACAUCUGUCGCGACGUUAAUUAUGGCUGAAUCAUCCGAUAUUUACACGCCAACGGAGCUUCUAUAUUCUUUAUCUGCCUGUACAUACAUGUAGGACGGGGAAUAUACUACGGCUCCUACACCUUCUCAGAGACAUGAAACAUUGGAAUCAUACUAUUAUUUACAGUCAUAGCCACAGCUUUUAUGGGAUACGUCCUACCAUGAGGCCAAAUGUCCUUCUGAGGAGCAACCGUAAUCACUAACCUCCUGUCAGCAAUUCCAUACAUCGGGACUGAACUAGUAGAAUGAAUCUGAGGGGGGUUCUCAGUAGACAAAGCCACCCUAACACGAUUCUUUGGCUUCCACUUCAUUCUUCCAUUCAUUAUCUCAGCCUUAGCAGGAGUACACCUCUUAUUCCUUCAUGAAACAGGAUCUAACAACCCCUCAGGAAUUACAUCCGAUUCAGACAAAAUCCCAUUCCACCCAUACUAUACAAUCAAAGACAUCCUAGGUCUUCUAGUACUAGUUUUAACACUCAUACUACUCGUCCUAUUUUCACCAGACCUGCUAGGAGACCCAGACAACUACAUCCCAGCCAACCCUUUAAAUACCCCUCCCCAUAUUAAACCUGAAUGAUACUUCCUAUUCGCAUACGCAAUUCUCCGAUCCAUCCCUAACAAACUAGGGGGAGUCCUAGCCCUAGUACUCUCCAUCCUAGUACUAGCAAUCAUUCCAAUCCUCCACACCUCCAAACAACGAGGAAUAAUGUUUCGACCACUAAGCCAAUGUCUAUUCUGACUCCUAGUAGCGGAUCUCCUAACCCUAACAUGAAUCGGUGGCCAACCUGUAGAACAUCCGUUCAUCACCAUCGGGCAACUAGCCUCCAUCCUAUAUUUCUCAACCCUCCUAAUCCUAAUACCCAUCUCAGGCAUUAUUGAAAACCGUCUACUCAAAUGAAGA